CUUAAAAUAGAACAAACAACAAAAGAGAAAUAAACCAUGGCUAGCAUGUACCAUGUUCGCUCAAAUAGUUUUCCUUCUGGAUCACAUCCCAGUUCCAUCAGAAUAGAGGAAGAACUAAGCAGAAUGAAGACAUGGGAAGCCACGUCCAAGUCCACUUCUGAGUCAAUUGGCACUGGCUUAUCCUUAAUUGAAGAUUUGUAUAUUUGCUUGGAGGAUCUUCUCAAAGUGGCAUCAACCCAAAAAGUGAUUUCUAACCAUCAAGGUGAGAAAUGCAUGGAAGAACUGCUGGAUGGUUCAGUGGGAAUUUUGGAUAUCUGUGGCAUCUUAAGGAACACUAUGUCACAAGUUAAGGAAAAUGUUCAAGCCAUUCAUUCAACUCUUCGAAGGAGAAAGGGGGAUUCAAGCAUCGAAAAAAGUGUAGCCGAAUAUACUUCCUUCACAAGAAAGAUGAAGAAGAAUGCCAAGAAGUUGAUGGUAUCUUUAAAGCAAAUGGAAACAAAAUUUGGUGUAUCCCCUACUUUGAAUCAAGAUCAAGACCUUGCUGCUGUGAUAAGAGUUCUCAGGGAGGUUAUUACAAUGAACAUGUCCAUCUUCCAAUCCCUUUUAUCUUACUUGGCUGGACCUGCUUCAAAGUCAAAGGCAACUAAAUGGUUGAUGGUGGCAAGAUUGAUGCAUACGAGGGUAAUAUCAUGUGAAGAAAACUCUGAGAAUUUCAAUGAGUUGCAGUGUGUGGAAGGAUCUCUAAGCACCCUUCUGAGUGAUGGUACUAAUGUUUUGAAGAUGCAGGCUGUGCGUGACAGAUUGGAGGCUUUGGAAAAUGCAAUUGAAAUCCUAGAAAAUGGUUUGGAGAGAAUGUUUAGGCGGUUGGUCAGAACGAGAGCCAACCUUUUGAACAUAAUGACUCAAUAGAGAGUGCUCAAUUGUAAUUUUCUCUCCAAAUCCUGCUAAGCAUCCAAAUUGCAGGGUCCUGCUGAGGAUGCAGAAAUUUUGGCUCAUCAAUUUUGUACAUGUAUAUACAAUUCAAUAGUUACACAAUCAAAUACAA